CGGGCGACGUGUCAGUUUGUUUACUUGCGGACUCCCCGGCGCUGCAACCAGCUCAGACAUGGCUGUAGAUAUAACGCUACUUUUCAAAGCUAGUGUCAAAACAGUCAAAACCAGAAACAAGGCGAUAGGGAUCGGUUUCGAUUCUACCAAAGAUGAGAUUUUCAAGCGGAGCAGACCCAAGAAUGCCUUCUCUCCGAAGGCGAAAGAAGUGAUCGUUAACAUCACCAAGCUCAAAGACUUCUUGCUACAACACAGGAAGGAUUAUGUGAGCGCCGCCAGUCUCAUCUCAUCCGACCUCACCCGCAUGUCCGACAACGAACGCGAUCAGAUUGACCAGGAUGCGCAAAUCUUCAUGAGGACGUGUUCCGAGGCCAUCAAACAACUUCGCACUGAUGCUGAAAAGCAGGUGACAUCAGCUCAGACUAAAGAGCACAGGGGUGCAGUCUUGGACCUCAUUGAAAUGUACUUGAAAGGAGUGUGUCAGCUGUACUCGGAGCAGCGAGCCAUAAGAGUCAAGAGAAUGGUGGACAAGAAGAGACUGUCACGCCUGGGAUCUGAGCUGCACAGUCGCGUGGAGAAAAUGGCAUAUGAGGAGCCCAAGAAUGAAAAGACAGUGAGGGAGGAAAGCUCUGGUGACAAGAGUGCAAGAGAGGCGUUGGACCAAAGUGUCAAUUUAUGGGACGAAGGCAAAGUGGAGGACGAGCUCUCUCCUGAGGAGAUCCAAAUGUUUGAGCAGGAAAAUCAGAGGCUGGUCAGUGAAAUGAGCAACUUGGUAGAUGAAGUGAGGCAAAUCGAAGGAAAGGUUGUAGAAAUCUCAAGACUGCAGGAAAUCUUUUCUGAGAAAGUUCUCCAUCAAGAGACUGAAAUCGAUAACAUUCAUCAGUUGGUCGUUGGCACUACAGAGAACGUUAAAGAAGGCAAUGAGGAUAUACGGGAGGCCAUCAAAAACAACGCCGGCUUCCGCGUGUGGAUCCUCUUCUUCCUGGUCAUGUGCUCUUUCUCGCUGCUCUUCCUCGACUGGUACGACAGCUAACGGGCACACCGGGAGGCUGUCCGGCUCAGUCACGUGACGACAACACCGGACGGAGUUUUUAGAUUUGGAGACAACAGACUGUUGACAGGUUUUUGUGGCCUCCUCUUCACCAGUUAUUUAUCUGCUUAACACAAGUUGGAAGGCAGCUUCUGUGGGUGGAGCCACACUUGGAUUCAGCACCAUGAACACUUUUUGGGUGGCACGGUGAUCUGGGCAGGCAAAUGCUUGAUAAAAGGAAAACGUCAUUGGCUGGAAAGCAGAUAUUUCCCGUUGCGGCUUAACAACUUUAAUGCAUGCAAAGGUUCCCGCUCAAACAAGAUUUUUUUUCCCCCACAACAAUUAUGCAUCCAUAAAUCCAAAUUCACCGUCAUACUGACAAUGCUUUGCCUUCAGCAGCAGAUCGUAUGACUAAUAAAGCAGCUCGUAGCUCAUAUUGUCAUCUCCGAGAUAAUUCCAGUGACAUUUUCUACCAUCUUUCUUGACUUCAGGGCUUAAAUGUGAUAUCAUGAUAUUUCCAAGUACUGGCAGAUGUUCAGACAAGAUUGAGAGCAGCUAAAAAAACGAGGCUUGUUCUGGUUAGUGUUUGCUGACAGAAACAAUUUCAUCACGAUGAUAGGUUUUCAUUGAGGUACAUCUACAGUGCCGCCACCACUCCCUAAAAAAUAUUUUAUAAUUGCCCGUUGAUGCCACAAGAUGGCAGAAAAAGCACUUCAUUGACUUCAAAGUAGUUUUUCCAGCAAAUGGUGAGUUUCAAAUAAAUAAAUCAGCAUAAAGAUUCAACACCUUUUGUUGGUGGGAAAGGUGGGCACUUUAUUUCAAUUUGUCAUUUCACAUUGAAUGUAGCAAAUGCACUUGACUUAUUACACUGUAUGAAAAUGAGGCAUUUGUGACCAUUUAACAGACACGUACAGGAAAACAAAACAUCAGGACAAGCAACUACUUUCAGAUUGUUCAACUAAAACAGUCAGUAAAUCGAUGGCUUCCACUCGCCAUCUGUUGACAUUUAAAAAUGUACACGGUUGCACAAUACAGCGUCAUUACUAUCAAAGCAAAAAACAUUCGGUCGAGCAGCGUAAAAGUUAUGUGUAGCCUUUAGCUUCAAUCAAGUGUUCACAAAAAGGGUGAUCAUCUUUUAUAAAUACACUUAGUUGAUACAGCGACAAAGAAGAAAAGCAGUUUGGGGUUAAAGUGCACAACUUAAAAUUGUGCAAAAUACAUUUGGUGCUGGUGCAGACAGUUCUUCUCACAACAUUUUAGUAGGCCUAUACGUAAUUACCAGAAAGCAGAAGCUGUCUUAUUGAAUACAUGUAUUAAAUACAGCUUUGAAAUGAUCGUCAAGAGUAACUCGGGUGGUGUAGACGAUUCCCUCCUAAAUUCUUGUGAAUUUGGCAUUUAUGCUGCAAACAUUGCUGUUGUCAUGACAACUACAGUAAUCCAAACAAGUUCUAUUUGAAAGCAAUAAAAACAAAGUACGAUUCUAA